AUGGCCUCUGUCAAUCUGACGAUCAAGCCCGUCCAGGCGCCUGCUGGCGCCAAUGCGGGCGAGUUUCAGGUCAGCAUCGACACCACAGCUACCAUAGAGGAGCUGAAGGAGAAGGUUUCCGCACAAGUCAACAUCCCAGCGAAGAACAUUCGGCUGGUGUGCAUCGGCCGCAUCUGGCAGGACACCCAGACCGUCGGGUCUUACGAGCCGAAAGACGGAGUCGUGGUGCACUGUCUAAACAAUCCGCAAAGGGAAGCCCCUCCCGCCACCAGCCAGUCGUUGGCUCCGGCGAACCCCAUGGCGCAGAUGAUGGGCGCGGCACCCGCGCCGCAGGCCAACUCAGGCUGUCGGCCGAGGCAGCAGCUGAUGAACUCGCCCAUGGUCCAGCAGAUGAUGAGCAACCCGGAGGUUUUGAGGACGAUGGUUCGCAUGAACCCGCAGCUCAACGAGCUCAUGGAGCAGCGACCGGAGAUCGCCAGGAUGCUGGAGGAUCCGGAGUUGCUCCAGCAGUCCAUGCGCAUGGUUGCCAAUCCGUCGCUGAUGCGAGAAAUGACCAGGAAUGCAGAUCGCGCCUUGGGCCAGCUCGACGCCAUGCCGGGCGGUCACAACGCGCUGGUGCGAGCUCACGAGGAGUUUGCGGACCCGCUCUUUGAGGCCAUGUCAGGAGGAGGCAGCAGCGCCAGCGGCGGGAACGCGACAGCGGUCGACUACUCGCAGGACACUAGCUCCGGACCCAGCAGUGAGGCGCUGCCCAACCCAUGGGGCCCGACGCCGGCCGCGAACACCCCCGCGGCCACGCCUGCGCCCGGAAACCCAGACACGAAAAGCCGACAGACGCCAGCUGCAGCCGCCAGCCCGGCAGGGGGCAUGGCGGGAUUAGGCGCCUUGGGUGCGCCAGGCGCUUUGGGUGCGCCAGGCGCCUUGGGUGCGCCAGGUGGCCUAGGUGCCAUGGGUGGUCUUGGUGGCUUGGGUGGCCUAGGUGGCAUGGGCGGCUUUGGGGGUUUGGGUGGCUUGGGGGGUUUGGGCGCCCUGGGUGGCAUGGGCGGCAUGGGCGGCAUGGCUGGGUCAGGGGCUCCUGCUGGCAUGACCAGCCCAGCAGCACCGACAGCUGGCGCGACCGCUCCGGGAACGGCCG